AUGUAUUCUUCUUCCUCGUAUCGGAAUUGGUUAUAUGACGUCUUUCCUAGCUUCAGCGGGGAAGAUAUCCGCAAAACCUUCCUCAGCCAUCUUCUCAAGGAGCUCGAUCGCAAACUGAUCAGUGUUUUCAAAGACAGUGAGAUCCAGAGAAGCCAUUCAAUCGCUCCCGAGCUUGUUCAGGCAAUUAGGGGUUCCAAGAUUGCAGUAGUCGUGGUUUCCAAAAACUACGCCUCUUCAAGCUGGUGCCUUAACGAGUUACUAGAGAUUGUGAAAUGCAAAGGAGGAUUGUGUCAAGUGGUGAUUCCUAUUUUCUACGGCUUGGAUCCUUCUGAUGUGAGAAAACAGUCAGGAGACUUUGGAGAAUCCUUUGAGAAGACUUGCAAGAACAAAACAGAAGAUGAGAAACGGCUGUGGCGGAAAGCUUUGACCGAUGUAGCGAAUAUCUUAGGAUAUCAUUAUCUGAACUGGGACAAUGAAGCAACAAUGACUGAAGCAAUUGUCAAUGAUGUUUUGUGUAAACUGAAUUUUACUACGUCCCAAGAUUUUAAGGACUUUGUUGGGAUUGAAGAUCAUAUCGCAGAGAUGAGUUUAUUGUUGCGACUGGAAUCUAACGAAGUGAGAAUGGUUGGGAUUUGGGGUCCCUCUGGAAUUGGCAAGACUACAAUUGCUAGGGCUCUGUUUAGUCGAAUCUCUCCUCGCUUCCAAGGUAGUAUUUAUUUAGACAAGGCUUUCAUGGCUAAGAAUUUAGAGAUUUAUAGUAAAGCCAAUCCGGAUGACCACAACAUGAAGCUGCAUUUGCAAGAUGAUCGGAUGUUGCUAGAUGUCUUGGUUGGUCAAACUCAUUGGUUUGGAUGUGGGAGCAGAAUCAUUGCGAUAACGGAUGAUAGGCACAAGCUAAUAGCACAUGGGAUUCAUCUUAUUUACAAGGUUGGUCUCCCAUCUGAAAAGCUUGCGCUUGAGAUGUUUUGUCAAUCUGCUUUUGGGCAAACCUCUCCACCUAAAGGUUUUGAGAAGCUUGCUUCUGAAGUUGCAGUGCGUGCUGGAUGUCUACCUUUGGGUCUUAAGGUGAUAGGUUCGUAUAUGCGAGGAAGGAAGCAAGAGGAUUGGAUUCAUAUGUUGCCUAGGCUUCAGAGAAGUUUGGAUGGAAAAAUUGAGAAAGCAUUAAGAGUCAGCUACGAUGGGCUACUGAGUUGGGUCAGAUGUCCAUUGUCGUGUAUGCCUUCUACAUUCUGUCCUAAAAAUCUCGUUAAACUCAAAAUGCCGGAGAGCAAGCUCGAGAAGCUGUGGGAAGGAGCAGGGUCACUUGCAUGUCUCAAGGAAAUGGAUUUGGAGGGAUCUGAAAAAUUGAGAGAAAUUCCAGAUCUUUCAAUGGCGACCAAUCUUGAGACACUUAAUCUCAGGGACUGCUCGAGUUUGGUGGAGAUUUAUUGUUCCUCUGUACGGAAUCUGAAUAAAGUGAGGAAAUUGGAUAUGAAAAGAUGCACAAAGCUCAAGAAUCUUCCUACCGGGAUCAACCUUGAAUCUCUAAGGUACUUCGAUCUCAGUGGAUGCUCACGGUUGAGAAGAUUUCCUGAUAUUUCAAGAAACAUCUCAAAGCUCCAUCUAAACCAAACAGGGAUCGUCAAAGUUCCUUGGUGGAUUGAGGACUUCACUCGUCUCGAAUUCCUAUUUAUGAAGGAUUGCAACAAGUUAAAACAUAUAUCAUUAAACAUUUCUAAAUUGCAACAUCUUGAGUUUGCUGAUUUUACAGACUGCAGGAGGUUGACUGAAGCUAGUUGGCAUUAUCAUCCCUCAAGAAUGAUAUCUGCGGAGAUUGACUCAAUUCUUGAAUUCGAUUUCAUGAACUGUUUAAAUUUGGAUCAAGAAGCUCUUCUUCAACAAAAUCCAGUUUUCAAGCUUAUGAUCUUGCCAGGGGAAAAAGUGCCUCCAUAUUUCGUUCACCAAACUACCACCGGAAACUCUCUGGCUAUUCCUACUUUUCUCUGCGAACCGUGCUUCAGAAUUAGGGCUUGUGCCGUGGUUGAUGCUGUAUCCAAAUCCACACUUGAUUUCACACAUGUAGCUAUCCAGACAGACGAUGUUUUCCCUCUUGCUGACGUCGUGGAUAUCAAGUUCUGUCUCACUAGUGAUGACUCUCUGUGCAAAAUCAAAGGAUGCGGUUUACGGGAUUUGAUGCCUCUCAGUCAUCGGAUGUUCUUGAGGAAAAUGAAGAAUCAAAAAGCUUUGGGCAAAGCUUCUUAG